GUCGCAAGUGUCUGUGGUGAUAUUAUUUUUCAUUCGGAAUGACGUGCGUGCGAUUUACUUCAGUUAGUCUAAAAUAUUUCUGAUGAAAAUUGGUGUAAAAUGAGGUUUUGUUCAAGUGUUUCGGUUUUACUGUGCGUGGCCCUGUGUAGUGCCAGGGAAUUUUAUGAUAAGCUGGACCGCUACCUCAUAGCCUGUCACUCUACCGACUUCGUCUGCUUCAAGAAGCAGUACCAGUCCCUACGGGACAACUUCCUGCUGGGCAGCCCACAGCUGGGCCUGGCGGAUUACGAGCCUUACUACUUCCGGUAUGGCGACAGCGGAACCUGCAUCAAGUUGUCUGGACUGGAGGAGAGCCGGUUGGUUGGCAUUGGAAUUGACAGUGACACGAAUUUAUACACAUUAAUUUUGGAGCUGCCAUUGAAAAUACAACAAGUGAGGAAUGACACGCAACCGUGCUCCGACCCAGCUCACGCAUUUUCCGGUAUUGGAGAGCAAGAUGGUCCAUUGAAGAAGUUCACUGGAAACGCUACCGUUCAAGUGAUCUACCCGUACGACUUGAAGAAGAAGAAGGGUAACAUGCACAUGAUCCUGGGGGAAGAGGGUCUGGACGUCAUCCUGGACAUCCCAGACUUGGAGGAGUUGAGAUUGGGAACCCAGCAAGACAUCCAAGAGUACGAGCUGUCAGAGUGGGCGUAUGAGCUGGUGCAGCACAUCAACGCGGCGCAGGACUUCGCCCUGCCCUUCACCAGCAGGCUCCAUACCUUUACUGCGAAGAUCGCUCUUGAAAGAUAUCUUCUCCUGUACCCCGAAGAAGAGUACACAGACAUACACUUCGCGUUUACCGACUCACCAUUUUUCGAUGUUACUGGUAGAAAAUAAAGUUGAAAAAUA